CAGCUCAUCUAUAAAAGCCCAUCAAGAUAUAUGAGAAGAAGAAGAAGAAGAAGAAGAAGAAGUAGUAGUAGUAGAAGUUAUGGAAGCAGCCAAUCUCAUCAUCUCAUCAUCAUCAUCCCCAAUUAAUGCAAAACCAGUUAUAGAGAUAACUCAAGAAGAAGAAGCCAAACACGGUCUUGCGGGAUUCGGCCGCGCAUGUUUCCCUGACAAUUUUAUAUUUGGGACAGCUUCAGCUGCGUACCAGUAUGAAGGUGCAGCAAAUGAAGGAGGUAGAGGCCCGAGUAUAUGGGAUACAUUCACGCAUCAACGGCCUGGUAAAAUUAGCGAUGGCAGUAAUGCAGACGUGGGCAUUGAUUUUUAUCAUCAGUUCAAGAGAAAAACCCUAAAGCAUAACCUAUUUCCUCCGAAUGUGAAAUACAACAGAGAGAGACCAAAAUUACCUCGUGAAGGGAACAACCAAGGGAGUGACUUCUGUGACUAUGCGGAGCUUUGCUUUUGGGAAUUUGGAGAUAGGGUGAAACAUUGGAUUACAUUAAAUGAGCCAGUGACCUUCAGCCAAAACGGGUAUGUUACGGGUAUCCAUGCGCCGGGUCGAGGUUCUUCUUCCUCCUUGGAGCCUAUGAAUGGAGAUCCUGCAACUGAACCUUAUUUGGUAUCACACAACCUACUUCUUGCUCAUGCUGUUGCUGUCCAAUUAUAUAGACAAAAGUUUCAGGAAUGUCAAAAGGGUGUGAUUGGGAUAACGCUUCUCUCACACUGGAUGGUGCCUCAAUCUAAUUCGAGUUCUGAUUGCAAUGCUGCUCAAAGAGCCCUUGAUUUCAUGUUUGGUUGGUACAUGGAACCGCUAACAAGGGGUGAUUAUCCCGGUAGCAUGAGAAAAAUUGUAAGAAACAGGCUGCCGGAGUUCACAGAAACAGAAUCAGAGAUGGUGAAAGGAUCAUUUGAUUUCAUAGGAAUAAAUUACUAUACGGCCAAUUAUGUAGCAGAUGCCUCUUCUUCAUCAUCACUAGCAUCACACUACUCUACCACUGGAAAAUUAAGUUAUGCCACAGACCCUAUGGUUCACUACUCAACUGAACAGAAUGGAGUUUCCAUUGGUCCAAAGGCUAAUUCAUAUUGGCUCCAUGUACAUCCACAAGGGUUUUAUGAUCUUUUGGUCUACACAAAGGAAAAGUAUAACAAUCCCCUUAUUUACAUUACAGAAAAUGGAGUUGAUGAGCUGAAUGAUGAGAAACUAACGAUUAAGGAAGCUCGCGUGGACAAGUUGAGGCUAAGCUACCACCUCCAUCAUCUUCGUUACCUCCUUGAUGCUAUUCGUGAUGGGGUGAAUGUAAAGGGAUAUUUUCAAUGGUCAUUGUUGGACAAUUUCGAAUGGAACGAGGGCUUCAGCUCGAGAUUCGGGAUGAUUUAUGUUGAUUACAAGGAUAGGUACUUGACGAGGUACCCUAAGGAAUCAGCUCUAUGGUUCAUGAAUUUUCUUAAAAAAGAUGCCUAAAACUCUCGACCAAUCAUAUCGAUUAUGAUAUAUAAAAUAAUAAAUAAAACAUGUAAACAAAUGUAAUAAUCGAAACUUAUUCAGUGAAAUGUGAGAUAAAUAAGUCAAUAAUUUAAAAUCUAACUCUCCUCUUUUAGGUUGAGAGCUUAUAAUUUGGAUAGGGAGGGCUACCCCAUUGUGUGGCUCAUUUUAGAAUCCGAUUAAUAAAAAUUGAAAUUUCCUUUUCUA